UCAGAGCUAUGCAAUGAGAUCUGUGUAUUUGUUGAUCUAAUUUAUUGGAAAACGAACUAGGAGCCAACAGAUGUGAUUAGUCCGAAUCAAAGAUUUUAUUUUGUUCGUUUGGUAUGUACCAUAGAGUAGCAUCGAAAUGGCAGAAAAACGUUUUUCUAUAGAAGAAUUGAAUUUCUUUAAAUUCGCAUCAAUCGUUUACGAUGAAUUUCCCAAAAUGUUACGUUCGAUAUUUGUGAGACUAUGGAACACCAAAAUUGCGCCGUUAUCAGGUUACCUAGAGUGGGACGACACUCCCCUAGUGCGAAACCUUCUCUUGGCAAGAGAAGGAGGUUCAACGGACAUACCAAUCAAUAAAUCGUUCGAGGAAUGGGAUUGUACAGCUCUCUUCAAAGCUACCAUCUACUCCAAAAGUUUUAAUACGACGACGACGACGACCACCAUAAAACGUCCCACAAUCAAGACGCUGAGUGACCAAUUUAUAAAAGGAAAAAGUCCCACUUCUUUUCACCUGUCGCUUACCAGUGCAACUGGGAACCAGGAUGAAACGAUAACUUUAGCAAUCGACCAAGUUCGACUUCUUAGAAACACCUUAUGCCACAUGCCGAAGUCUACAAUGGCAAAAGCUGAUUUUGAUAACUAUGUUCAACUUGCAAAGGAUGCUUUUGCUGCGGUUGGAUUCCCAACAUAUAAAAUUGACGAAAUUGGUGAACUCAAAGAGGAAGACUUCCCAACUAUGAAAGUCGAUGAGUUGAAUAAGAAGAUUAGAGAUGAUCUGCAGGAGAUCAACAAGUUUCUUCAAGAUAUGAUAAAAAAGCAGGAAGACAACAAGCUUUUCCAAAAGAAGGCUAUGCAAAAAUUGGAUAUGAUUAUAGGAAAGAUCGAUGAUUUUUGGUCAUCAGUUGAAAUGAGCCGUGAAGGAGGUAAGGUCGUUAUCUCUACUGACUCUGACGAAGUUGAAGGGAAUAAAAAUGAGGUUUUCAAUGAUUUUCAAUCUGGGAGGCUGAAAAAGCGUUCGCUGGAGGAACCUUCGCGGAAUGGAGUUGAAGUGAAAGGAAUGAAAAUUGAGACAGUGAACAUGGAGAAUGUAAACACAACGAUGGAAGCUAUAAAUAAAAGGAAUACCGCUAGAACGUGGAACGCAAUUAAAGAAGGAAAUCUCGAGGAAUUAAGAAGCCUUGUUGAAUCCGGUGUUGAUGUGAACCGGAAAGUUACGCAAGAAUUAUCAUGGCUUCAUCUCGCAGCACAAUUUGGUUCUCUGGACAUUGUCAAGUAUUUGGUUGAACAUGGUGGCAAAGUGACAAGUGAAGACAACAGUUUCCGAGAAACAGUUUUGCACUCGGCUUGUCGCGGGGGAAAUGACGCAAUUGUUCAAUAUCUUCUUCAACAUGGAGCUGCGAAAGACAUUAAUAAGAAAAAUCCUCCUGGACUUACACCGUUGAACAUAGCUUGCUCUGAAGAUCAUACAACCGUAGCUCAAACAUUAGCAAAGGCAUUGAAUGGUGAUGAUAAAAUUAUUCUUAUGCAGGAGUUAACUGAACCUUUCGAAGAAUAUCAUAAUCGGGAAUCGAGAAUUGAGAAGACUGCAAGUGAAAUUCAAGAUCUACAAGAUGAAAAUGUCAAAAUGACCACCGCAAUGUUACGCCUGCAAGAUGAAAAUGUUGACCUUAUGCCCCGAAUACAACGCUCAGAAAGAGAGGAUGCAAACGAGGAUGACAUUAUGUCUUUACCAGAGAAGGACAUGUCGGCAUAUCAACACAUCUCAGAAGAUUAUAACCCACAGGACAUGUCGGAAUAUCAACACCCCUCACGACGAUAUAUUAACACAUCCACGACACCAGAAGAUUCACGUUCUAACCCACAGGACAUGUCGGAAUAUCAACACCCCUCACGACGAUACAACACAUUCACGACACCAGAAGAUUCAAGUUCUAACCCACAGAAAUAUGAACACCGCAGUGCCACAACAAGAAUUCGUCGUAGACACCAAAAACGAAUAUCCGGAAAAACACCCAAAAAGAAUGUGGAGGACAUACAAGACAUAAGCGAAAUGCUUGGUUUAUUUCGUCUGCUCCAUAUAGCUCACGACCCUACUAAAUUAGAUCUUUCCGAAAUGAAGAAGACGGCUAAAAGAGUACUAGAAGACCAAGGUUCUGGUAGCGAAAAGUAUUCAUAUGGCACAACGGGAUUUGGGGUAAUAGCCAUGACUAAAGACGAGGAUAUGUUGAAGAGAAAAACACUGCUGGACUUUAAUCUCCAGGUUGACGAUUGUGUGAGGCAAUUGGGCAGCCACGCGAUUGAGGUUCUAGACGUUUACUAUAGCGGUGGAAGUGUUUUGAAUGUUUUGGGAGAAGAAAGGGAGCGCUUAACGAAAACAGAAUAUAACAUCCUUAUUGCAGGUGAUAAUAGCGCCGGAAAAAGUAGUUUAGUGAAUCUUAUUCUCGGAGAAGAGCUUCUUCCACACUAUUCUCUCCAUACCACCUUCACAAUCUGCGAAGUAAAAUAUGGGAAGGAACGAAAAUUGAUUGUUCACCAUAACUACGAUGAGGAACAAAUGACGCCGCCCUUACCUGAAAUUUAUUUGUUGAAAACAAAAGAAGAAUGCGGCAAGAAUUACUGUGAACAAAUCGCUCCCUUCGUGCGAAGGAAGUCCAACGAGGGAUCUAAAUAUACUAAAGUAGAAAUCUUUUGGCCGCAUGAAUUACUUGAGGAGGAAAUUGUUAUUGUCGAUAGUCCAGGUCUGGGUGAAUGUGAUGAAAUGGAUGAAGUUCUGAUGAAUUAUCUUCCGAAUGCUUUUGCGUUCAUUUGUGUUCUUGACGCUUCCAGUGCUGGAGGAGUACAGAAAUAUAUCAAAGAGAAGCUAAGGAACAUCUUAAAAAAGGUGAAGUCAUCUGAUGGCGGCUUUGAGACCCUUCAACAUUUAGCCGAAUGUUGGCUUUUUAUCUGCAAUAAAUGGGAUCAAGUAAAAGAAAAUGAAAGGUCAGAAACGAAGAAAUAUGUCGUCGCAAAGUUAAGAGAGUGUUGGGAAGAUUCAAAUUUGAAUUAUCAAAUGGAGUACAUGUCAAUAACAGACGCCAUCGAAGUACAGGAAUAUGGCGGAGUCACAGAAGAGUUCAAUGAUUUACUCAAAAAAAUUAAGACGAUGGUUUUGAGGGCAAUAAAUAUUAGGUUAUACAAUCACUGGCAGUCGUUAUAUGAAUUGCUGUAUCAAAUUUAUAGAGUAACCUACUUCUUCAACCAAGAGGUGCAAUCAACUCACCAAGAAACCCAUAAACGAAUGGAAGAAAUCGAGAAACGCAUCAAAGAAAUUGAACGAAAAGAGCAAGAUGUAAAGAGAGAAAUGGAGGAAAGAGUGAAAACCCACACCAAAGUUCUCCAAGCCAAACUUGAAGGUUAUAUCAACUCGAUGGAUUUCAAAACGAAAUUCUGCUCUUGGACGAAUUGUGCACUUCCGAAGGGAGAAAUAACUUGGGAAAUGACAAAGAGAAACAUCAAAGAAGCAAUUGAUAGCCGAUUCAAAGAAUUGCUCAUUGAGUGGGAAAAUGGCCAUCAAGUUUAUGCUGAAAUUCAUAGGGAGAUUCUGGACGAAUUUCGUAAAAGUUUGAAUCUUUUGGAGGAGGAACUUGAAGGUGUUGAUAAAGCGAUAUAUAGUGUGGAAAGACGUGCUUAUCAUUCAGGGAACAAAAAUAAAAUUCCCUUAAAGGCGAAAGUUAUCUUCGGAGUGAUUAGUCCUCUUUUGAUUCCAUUCGGUGUGGCGGGUUUGGUGAUUGGUAUGCCAGUUUUGGGAGCAUUGGGUAUAAAAGGUAAAGUUGAUAAAAAAAAGAAGAUUCACAACAUAAACAAUCCGCUUGAACAACUUAGAAAACGAUCCGAAAAAUUUUUGGAGGAACUUCCAAAAGACUACGUGUUACAAUAUGCCCAACGCCUGAUGGAGAACACCAGAAUGGUGCUAUCAAGGUAUGGAGAUCAAAUUUCCACCCUGAUCGAGGCCGAUCGAAAACUGGUGACGCAAUUAUUUAAUGACAGACGAACACAGGGUGAAAUAUUGGGAAUGUAUGACCCAAUUCAGAAGAAAAGUCUCGAGAUUAUAUAUAAAAUCCUACCCUGGGGAAUUAAGCUCUGUCCAGCAACAAUAAAUGCCAGUGAUCUUGACUGGAAAAAAGACCACAGUUCAUGCCUCGGCGAGGGGGAGGUAUCCAGAGUGUACGCAGGGAAGCUAAAGAAUCUUGGAAAAAAUAAAUCACAGACUUCUGAAAUGAACGUGGCGGUAAAAGUAUUCAAGAAACAAUUUGAUGAACCGAAUUCAAGAUACUUUUUGCAAGAAGAAUUGCAGAUUAGGUAUGUAUCUUGUUUUGCGGAACCAACAAACGUCAUUAUGAUCGAGAAAAUUUUAUUGUCCUAA